AGGCACCAGUGAGGAUCGUUGGCUCCAACGAGGAGGCCCCCCACACCUACACAGCUGGGCAGCGCGUGGAGCUGUGGUGCCAGCUGUCCCGUCCGGCGGCCCUGGUGCGCUGGUACAAGGAUGGGGAGGAGCGGGAUUUUUUCUGGGACAAGGACGGGGAGGAGGUGGAGGAGGGCGAGAGCCUGGUGCUGGAGCAGGAGGGGCCAUGGCACCGGCUGGUGCUGCCCUGUGCCCGGCUGCAGGACACGGGGGAGUUUGUCUGUGAUGCCGGCGGGGACUCCGUCUUCUACACCAUCACUGUGGCAGCCCCCCAGGUCCGCAUCACCCCGGUCCCCAAGGCACAGCAGCUCCAGGAGGUGCUGGCAGGGCUGCCCGUGGUGCUGAAGUGCCAGGUGUCCCCUCCGGAUGCCCCCGUCCGCUGGCUGAAGGAUGGCGAGGCUGUGGUCCCAACCGAGGUCCUGGCCAUUUGCUCAGAGGGAUGCUCGCGGAAGCUACACAUCCCUGCAGCCGUGCUGUCUGACUCUGGGAUGUACACCUGCAAUGCUGGGGACGAUGCCACCAGCUUCAGGGUGACCGUGAGCGAGGCACCAGUGAGGAUUGUCAGCUCCAACGAGGAGGCCCCCCACGCCUACACGGCCGGGCAGCGCGUGGAGCUGUGGUGCCAGCUGUCCCGUCCGGCGGCCCUGGUGCGCUGGUACAAGGAUGGGGAGGAGGUGGAGGAGGGCGAGAGCCUGGUGCUGGAGCAGGAGGGGCCGCGGCGCCGGCUGGUGCUGCCCUGUGCCCGGCCGCAGGACACGGGGGAGUUCAUCUGUGAUGUCGGGGACGUGUCUGUCUCCUACCACAUCUCAGUGGCAGAGCCGCCAGUGAGGAUCCUGCACCCUCCACAGCGCUCACUGGAGCUGCCAGUGCAGGCGCCGGGGCGUGUGGAGCUGCGGUGCGAGCUCUCUGUGCCGGACGCUCCCGUGUGCUGGUUCAAGGAUGGGCUGGAGGUGGACGAGACUGACAACCUGCUGCUGCUGGUGGAGGGGGCCUGGCGCUGCCUCCUCAUCCCCAGGAGCAGCACAGAGGAUGCGGGCGAGUACAUCUGUGAGAGCAAGGAUGAGGCUGUCUCCUUCGAUGUCAAGGUGUCAGAGCCACCAGUGAGGAUCCUGCAGCCCCGCAGACCUCCCCCUGUCGUGACGGUGGCCCCAGGGGAAACGGUGACGCUGGGCUGUGAGCUGUCCCGUGCGGAUGCGCUUGUGCACUGGGCCAAGGAGGGCGUCAGGCUGGAGGCUGGGGGCAGCCUGGUGCUGGAGGAGGAGGGUGCCCACCGCCGCCUGCUCAUCCCUGCGGCCCGAGCGGAGCACUCUGGAAAAUAUGUCUGUGACGCUGCCGAUGACACAGUGACCUUCACUGUCCAAGUUUCAGACCCACUGGUCAGGAUCCUGGAGAGGGAUGUCCUGCCGACCCGCCAGCACUGCCGGGCCAUGGAGGACCUGGUGCUGGAGGUGCACCUGUCGCAUGCCCAUGGGGAGGUGAAGUGGUACAAGGAUGGGGAGAAGCUGCAGGACACGGGGCGCGUGCGGCUGGAGGAGGAUGGGGCACGCCGCUCACUAGUCAUCCUGGGCACCACGGGCAGCGAUGCGGGGGAGUAUCUCUGCGACACUGGGGAUGACAGCAUCGUUUUCUUUGUCACUGUGGAAGAGCCACCGGUGACCAUUGUGGGCAGCACAGGUGCUGUAGAACGUUGCUGCCUGGUGGCCGGGGAGGACCUGGUGCUGGCUUAUGAGCUCUCCCAGCCUGACGCCACCGUGCGCUGGCUCCGGGAUGGCCAGGAGGUGCAGCCAGGUGAGCGGGUGCAGGUUGAGGUCCGUGGGGUGCUGCGGCAGCUCACCAUCCAUGGGGUGCAGCCCGGCGACGCAGGGUGCUACAUCUGCGACGUUGCCAGUGACCGUGCAGUGAUGAGUGUGGAGGUGUCAGCCCAGCCCGUGCGCAUUGUCAACAAGGAGGAGGUGCAGAGCCCACUGGAGGUGCUGGAAGGGGACAGUGUGACGCUGGUGGCCCGGCUGUCUCCGGAGACAGCGGCGGCACAGUGGCAGAAAGACGGACAGAUGCUGCGCUCAGGUGGGCGGCUGCUGGUGUGCAGCGAGGGCCCCGCGCGCAGCCUCACCAUCAAGCAAGUGGAGCUGGGUGACAGUGGCAUCUUCCUCUGCGAUGCCGGUGAUGACGAGGUGAAUUUCACGCUGCAUGUGAAAG